AUGCUCCAAGAGAAGUAUCGACCGAAGACUUUAGAUGAACUAAAGCAUCUUGAUUGUGUAGCUGUUUUAAAGACCUUUGCUCCUAGUAACUUUCCCAGUUUAAUCUUGGCUGGUCCGAAUGGCUCUGGGAAACGUACAUUAUUACAUGCUUUAAUCAAACACUUCUUUGAUAAGGAAGUGCAUUAUAUGUCCUAUACAACUGAUAUUGAAGUAAGUGCUUCCAAGACUUUGGAAGUUUCUUUGUUAGAAAGUGAUGAAGCAAUUGAAGUCCGAGUGGGUCCUCAUGGUUAUUAUGACAAGAAAGUGCUUCAAAAGAUAGCAAAAGAUAUCUCAGAGACCAAAUCAAUUAAAGGACUUUUGUUGGGAGAUAAGCGUAGAGCGGCUAAACUUUUGAUUAUUCCAGAUGGUGAAGAACUCUCCUCUGGGGCACAAAUGGCCUUGCGGCGGAUUAUGGAGCAAGGUGCUGAGAACUUUCGGCUUAUUAUUCUAACUACAACUACUAAUACCUUUAUUGAUGCUUUUAAAAGUAGAUUUCUUAUUUGUCGGGUGCCUACUAUUAGUGAUAUGGAGAUUAAUCAGUUAAUUGGCCGGAUUCUAACGGCGGAGCAGAGUACUUUACCUGAAGAUCAAAUCAAAAGUAUAGUUAAAGAAUCUCGUGGCAAUCUUCAUAAAGUUAUGGCUAAACUUGAGUUAGCUCUUCAUACUAAGAAAGUAGGGCCCUUUCCCUGGGAAGAAUCCAUUAAUGCUCUGGCAGAUACGAUUAUUCUGGCUCCCUCUAUCAAAAGUGUAGUUAAAGCUCGGGAGAGUAUUUAUGGCCUACUGGACAAAAACAUACCUGGCCAAGCAAUCUUAUCUAUGCUGGUUUUGUCUCUGCUACAGAAGGAAGCAUCGGUUGAAACGGCAGCUAAUCUUCUUAAGUACGCUAGUUUGUUCGAUUCGCGUUUGCGGGCAGGGACUAAGGAUCUAUUUCAUUUAGAGGCCUUUGUUGCCCGGGCAAUGGCCAUCUAUGGCAACAACUCAAGUAUCAACAAUAAAUAA